UCAACAACAAAACGUCAACGCGGGCAGAGCGGUUUUGUGCUAUUUCAUACGACGAAAACAAAGCAACACGACCGUUCGUGGCACGGGAAAAUUCUGCUUAAAAACGCUCUUCCCGUCUAAAAUACCUGGGAAAGCAUCCAACUGCUCCUGCGUGUGUGUGUGUGUGUGUUCACACAAUGAUCACCAAAAUGUCCCGCGAGGCGGUGCUCUCGCUCAUGGAGCGCAAAAAAGAGCUGGAGGCACAGAUCGAACAGCAGGGACUGAUCCUGAGUGCGAACCGGAUCGGGAUGAACGAGCCACUGGUGGACGGCGAGGGCUACCCGCUCAGCAACGUGGACGUGUUAUCGGUGCGCAAGGCGCGCCACACGAUCAUUUGCCUGCAGAAUGAUAGGAAAAAAAUUAUGCAGCAGAUCGAAAAGGGCAUUGCACAAGUGUUUGAAGCGGAACAAAGCACGCCGGCCAACGGGCAGCAGCAGCAGCAGCAGCACCAGAACCUGCCGAAUGAACCGAUGGAGGUGGACGGUGACAGAACGGCCGACAGCGCGCCGGAACCAUUCGCAGUGGUGGAAACGGUCGUACCCGGACAGCUUGCAGAUCGAAUGGGCAUUGCCGUCGGGGAUCAGAUUGUGCAGGUUGGAACGGUCACUGCCCGUAACUUCAAGACGAUGAACCAGGUACAGUCCGUGAUUGCUAAUAUGCAGGGCAGAAAGCUUCACCUGGUGGUACGCAAAGCGACAUCCGGCCAGGUGGCGACCAUCGAGCUGGAUCUGACUAGCGGCAGCCGGUUGGGAAUUUUCAUGAAACCACGCUAGUGCCCGUGUUUAGGUGAGAACUGUUUUGUGGGGGCGUAUUGUUGAAUCUUUUCGACACUUUGUGACACACGAUCCAACGGAUAGCUUUCGAUCCCAGUCGAUACGGUAGGAAACUAAACAAUUAGCGCAAAGAACUGAGAAAAGGAAUGUUAUAGGAAGUGGCAAUUAUGUUCAGCUACCGGUAGAUGCCCCAAAACAAUCAGCAACGGCAGGCAGAAACUCAUUCUACUAGCCAUCUGGCUGCGUAUUUGUGUUUGCAGGUCAAACUGAGUUAGAAGCGAUGAUUCGUAGGUUCGUAAUUGUUGGAUGAAGUAGGUGUAGCGUAAAAAUUGUUGCAUGACAGAAAAUUGAAUGGUGAAGAGCAUUAACAUUAAUUCGGUA